AUGGAAUCCAAUAAUAAUAGCAAUAAUAACAAUAAUAACACAAGUAAUAAUAAAUUAAAUUUAAUUCAACAAAAUUCAUUAAAGAGGGAAUUAUCUCCAUUUUCGACUCCGUUUGUUCCUAAUGCUAGUUUUCUACCUUCACAAUCCAUAAGUAUACAGCAACAGCAACAGCAACAGCAGCCAUUGCAACCACAACCAUCAUUACUAGCGCCAACAAGCGCACCAUUUAUUCCAUCAUCAUCUCCUUCAUUAAAUAUUAAUAACCCAUUAAUAAAUAGUUUAAAUAAAGAUGGCCCAAUUAAAGUAGGAAGAGAGUCUAUUGAAACUUUAUUAAAAAAUAGAUUUCAUCCAAAGAAUAAUAUUAGAGAAACUGUUCUAUCAUCACUCCAGAGUAUUUUAAUCCCCGAUAUCUCUGACAAUAUAAAUAACACCAAAGAAAAUAUUGAAUAUUUUUACAAUAUGAUAAUAAAUGAAAACAACUAUGUAUUAAAGCAACUAUUACAAAGCGUUUUAAAUGAUACAAAAAGAAAUUUAGUAGUCUAUAAUUAUAAUUUAGAACAUCAUCAGCAUCAUCAUAGCUCACCACCCCCAAUCGAAUCCAAACAAAAUAAUAACUCCAAAAGAAGAGAUGAAAGAGGCAGAGGCAGAGAUAAUAAAAGAGGCGGCAAAGAUAAACAAAAACAGCAACAGGAACAAUCUCAAAGUUUAGAACAAGAAGAGUCAACACUUUACCUACCGUUUUCAAAUUUAUUAACCUUUAUUAAAACAAAAAGUAUUGAUCCAUCACGUCCUUUUUCAUUGCCCGAUGAUGAUAGCGAUAAUUCAUAUAUCAGAUUAUUGGAGUAUAACUUGAAACUUUUAGUAAAAGUCUACUUCAAAAACUAUUACCAAGAAUCAAUUAAAAAUCAUAUAUUUGACAUUUAUCAACAAAUAAACAACGCAAUAACAGAAAGACAAAAUCAAUUGCUUGAAACAGAAAAUAGUGACAAUAGCGAAAUUAAUAAUCUUAAUAAUAUUAAUAAUAAUAAUAAUAAUAAUAAUAAUAAUAAUAAUAAUAAUAAUAAUAAUAUAAAUGAUCAACAAAAACAAUCAUCAAUAUCACAAUCAAAUAUUGAUCAAGACCAUAUUAAUUAUAAAGUUAAAACUACACAUAAACCACAGCCAAUCAUUUCAUUAUUAAUCCCAAUAGUUUUAGUUUCAAUUGGGGAUAUUAUUAAAUUCCAGUAUAAUAAUAACUGCGAUCAAAACAAUAGUUUAGCUAAAAUGGAAAGAGAGGAAAAGAUAAUAAAUAAUAUAUUAUUAAACGAAUUUAAUAAAACCGAUGUAUCAAUCAUAGAGUCAAAUUUAUAUUUAUUUGAAUGUAUAUUAUCAAUUAGUGUCAGUAAUGAACCAACAAUUAAUCCAAACCCAAUUCCAGUUCCAAACCCUGCGACUAUUAAUCAACAACAACCACAGCAAUCACCUCAAACAACUGAACAAUCUUUUACAUCCAAUCCAACUUCCCACUUAUUAAAUGAAAAAGUUGGUUAUAUAUUUAAAUUUAAUAAAGAAUUGUUUAGAAAAUUAAUUUCUUUAGUAUAUUCAACUAUUGUUCAACAUCAAAUUACUCUUUCUACAGUGUUCACAACAUUGGUAUUAAAAGGUUAUUUAAAUGAAGAUCAAAUUCAAAAGCUAUUAAAUGUAACAUUAUUUAAAUUAACAGAUCCAAAUAAACAGGUUCAAUUAAGUUAUUUAACAUUGUUAUCAAAAAUGGUAUCAUAUUUUGAUUUAAAUCAUCAAAAAGCAUUAAACCACAAAGCAAAUGAUAUAUCAUUACCAUACAAGAUAUUAAUUAUGAGGUCUUCAAAUCCAACAUUUUUUAAUGGACAAAUAUUUAAAAAGAUUUUUGACUGGAUUUUAAGUAUGAUUGGUACAAAUUCAUUCGAUGAAGAGUUUCAAUUAAAAAAACAACAAAGUUUCAAAGCCCUAACCAAAUUUUUAAUUGAUCAAUUCGAUAGCUAUAAUGUAAUCUCAAUUUUGUUCCAAGAACAAAACAAACUUUUAUCUACUCAACAAACAAGUGGCCAAUCUGUUACAAUCCCACCACCAUUAAAUUCUAAUCCUACUUUAUUGGAUCAAAAAAAAUUUGAAACCUUAAUUUCCAGAUCAGACGAAUUAAUUUGGUUUUGGGCAGUUUGGGAAUGUAGUAAAUAUUGCAUUGCAAAUAGAUUAAAGUCGCCAUAUGGUUCAGCUUCUCAAACUUUUGAAGUAUUUGAAAAAGCUUUGUUACAACUAAAUAGAGAUAGAAGCGAUUUUAGAAAAAUUAAAAUACUUUUAAAUUUUAUGGAUUCAUUGGAAAAAUUAAUAUUUUCUACAGUAAAUGGUUCCGUGUUAUUACCAAUAUCAAAUUCAAAAGAUGUUCACUUUUUUAAACAUAAUGUAAGAGUUUCCGAAGAUUGGUUUUCGAGAAUUAGAGUUAAUUUAUUAAAAGCAAGUAUUUUAUCAAGCUCAACACCAGAUAUUAUAAGACAUGCAUCGCUAAGAGUCCAAGAUAUUAAGUUAAACAGAUUCGUAUUGGAUUCCACAAGUGCUCAAUUUGAAUUAGAAUUUUGUAUUUUACAUUUGGCUAAUGCCCUUCAACAACUUAAUGAAACUGAAUCUUUACAAGGGUUAAAUCAAUGGUGCGAUUUGCAUUUUAGUGGCAAUACUAUUUUAAAUGCUGCAGAAUCUAUAAAGCAACAACAACAAAUUGUACCAAAAUAUCAAUUAAAAUUACCAUGGAUGAAAGGUGUUAUUUUAAGAACUCAACAAAAGUUCGAGGAAUCGAUUGUAAGCUUAGCAAAUGUUCCACAGCAACUAGAUCAGACUUCAAUAUCUUUCCCAUUUGUGUUGGAACAACUUAUCAAAUCCUAUUUAGAUAUUUCAAACUUCACCGAGGUCGAGCAGUUCCUUCAAAAGUAUAGAGAUCAGAUUCAAGAGCAAUCAAACUCUGUUGUUCUCUAUAAAGAAACAUUCAUAAAGACCCUGGGAUCAUUCUAUAGAGGUGAUAUGGAAGAAACUCAUCAAUUCAUUAAAAGAACUGAAAAUCAAAAUCAUGAACUAAAGAGAGAACAAUUAAGUCUAGGUUUACUUGGUAAUCAAAUAAUGACCGAUGAAUUAUUGUUAUCAAUUAUGGUAUACCAAAAAGAUUUGUUUUUACAGCAACAACCAAAUCAACUUCCAUCACAAGAUAAGCAAGAGCUUCAAAAUCACAUAAAUACAAUGUUACAAGCAACCAAAGAUAAUAUUUUGAAGGCAUUAAAUUAUUUAGGUUUGGAGUCAAACGUUCAAACAUUCCAAUACCUCACCCAGCUCAAAGUUUUGGAUGAAAUUGAAAAUGGUGUUUAUAAUAGCAAAGUUGUACCGAUAAAUAAUCAAAUUGGUUUCUUAGAAAGGUUAAGAAGAAUUAGAGGUCACAUAUCAAAUACCAAACAAAGAUCAGAUAUCUUAUUUAGUAAUAUACCGUUAACAGAGAAAAUGAUCAAACUAACAAGAAAGUUUGAAAACUAUAAGUUUUCAUCAAAAUUAUUGGAUACUAUUUUAGAAUCACAUUCAACCUAUUACUUUUUAGAACGUUCGAAACUAAAGUAUCUCUCAGGUAAACAAAUUGAAUCUACACUCGAUUUAAUUAAAAAUUCUCAAAAAGAUAUUGAAGGUUUAAAUCAAAUUAUUCAACCAUUAGGUACCAAUAGUAAUAAUAAUACAGUACAAUUAUAUUAUCAAGAUUUUAUAAAUCAAAAAUUUAAAGUUUUUAAAGAAGUCAUUAAAUAUCUUUUAAAUUCAACACAAGGACAACUAAAAGAAUUAUUAAGCAAUGGUGUUAGUAACGAAUUAAUUGAUCCAGAAUAUUAUUUCAAAAAAUUAAUUUAUAUUAAACCUACCAACUCUAAAACAUAUAUCAACUAUUCAAACUGGAUAUUAAACGAAAAAAAUAAACCAAAAGAAGAAAUAGUUACAAACCAACCAGAAGAAGAAGAAGGUAAAGAAAAUAAUAAUGGUGAACAACAGACUACAAAAGAAAUUUUAAAAUUAAAACAUAUCAAUUUAGCAGAUUUGAAAUUAUCAGUAGAGUUAUUAUUUAAAUUUUUAAAUUACAAUAUUUUAAAUAACCAACAACAAAAGCAACAACAAAAAAGUAAUGAAUACCAACAAACUCCUGGUAAUCUACAAAAGAACUCUGAACAAAAUAGUAGCGGUUUAGUAAUUAGAGCAACUUUAACAAUUUUAAAUAUCCUGGUUUGUUGUGGCAGUAAACUUGAUGAAACCUUUAAGAAAUGUUUAAAUGAAUUAUCAUCAAUUAAACCAUUUACAAUGAUAAUACCCCAAUUAUUUGCAAGAUUAAAUCACCCAGAUUUUAUUGUCCAAAAGUAUGUUAUUGAAAUUUUAAAUAGAAUUGGUCAAGAUAAUCCAAAUAAAAUUAUUUAUCAAACCAUAGUAGCAUCUUUAAACUUUAAUAACUAUAAAAUUGAAUUAAGAGAUCAACAAUUAAAACAACAAUCACAACAAGAAAAACAAUUUUCAAAUCAACAACAACCACCAUCACCACAACAAUCAUCACCACCACAACAACAAUCAUCGCUAUCAACACAACAACCAUCCCCACAUGAUAACAUUGAGCAACAACAACAAAAUUUACAAUCAAUGUUAUUAAAACAAUUCCCCAACUAUUUACAAAUCUUAAAUAUUAAAGAUAACUUAUUGAAGCACUCUCAAUUGCUAAUUUUCGAAACAGAAACUUUAAUAUUCGAGCUAGGUAAAAUUACUAUCUUAUGGGAUGAUAAUUGGCAAUACUUUUUAGAGCAAGUUCAAGGUUGGGUAUUUAAUAAUCAAAAACAAUGGAAUGAUGAAUACCAACAAAUGAAAUCAUCAACAAAAAAUCAAUCAAACAUGAAACAUCAAUUGAAAAAGAAAAAUAUUGAACUAUUCCAGCCAAUUUACGAACGUUUAAAGAGAUUAACAUCACAAACAGUUUUAUCCGUAUGUAAUACACCACAUGAAAAAUGGUUUAUCAAAUGCUACUUUGAAACUAUCAAUAAGACCAUGAGAGCAUUAGAGAAACAAAACAGACCAACUGCUCCUUUCGAUGUUUUAAAUGGUUUAAUUUACAAAUUCUCACUUCAUAGAUUAAAUUGCUUAAAUCUCUAUUCCAUCAAUCCAUCAUUAGCAUUAUUUAGACCAACUAUCACUCCAAUUCCCGGUUCAAGUAAUAUUUUCAAGACUCAUCAUAAUCAUCACCACAGUAUUAAUCAUCAUAACCACAAUAACAUUAUUUUAGGUGGUAGUGGAUCUAAAAUCAACAAUAGCACCUCGUCGACUUCCUCAAACUUUUCAAUGGAUAACCAAGUCAAAAUUCAAAUGAUUCAGCCAACAAUCUAUUUAUUACCAACCAAAACCAAACCAAAGAAAAUAUCGAUUCUAGGUAGUGAUGGUAAUCUUUAUCAUUAUUUAUUAAAAGGUAGAGAAGAUUUACAUUUAGAUGAAAGAAUUAUGCAGCUUUUAAAUAUAGUUGAUCAAUUGUUAAUGAACGAUAAGAAACCAACAUUAAAACUUUUAAGAACAAGAAACUACUCAGUCAUACCAUUAUCGCAAAGCUCUGGAUUAAUCCAAUGGGUAGAAGGUGCUGUACCAUUAUUUUCACUUUAUAAAAAUUGGUAUCGUAAUGAUCAAUUGUUUAAACAACAACAGCAACAACCACAACAAUCAGGCCAAAAUCAACAAGCUCAAACAUCUGCAUCAACCCAACAACAACGUCAAAUCCUUGUUAGACCUGUUGACAUAUUUUAUUCAAAGAUUAACCCAUUGCUCGAGAAUAAUAACUUCAACAUUUUAAAUAGAUCCGAAUGGCCAAAAGAAAUUCUUUUACAAGUUUUUAAUGAAUUGGUUCAAGAAACUCCAAAAUGGAUCUUACAACGUGAAUUAUGGUUCUCUUCUUCAUCAUCAUCUGAAUUGUUUUUAAAGACCCAAAGCUAUAGUCGUUCUUUAGCAUUAAUGUCAGUAAUUGGAUAUAUCAUUGGUUUGGGCGAUAGACAUUUAGAUAAUAUUUUAAUAGACUUAAAAACUGGGGAAAUUGUACAUAUCGAUUACAACAUUUGCUUUGAAAAAGGUUUAGAACUUAAGAUCCCAGAGAAAGUACCAUUUAGAAUGACUCAAAUAUUUGAAUAUGCUUUAGGUUUAACUGGUAUUCAUGGAACAUUCAGAGAAACUUCAAUUCAAAUUUUAAAUUUACUAAGAAAGAAUAAAGAUAUUUUAUUAAAUCUUUUGGAAACAUUCAUCUAUGAUCCAUUAUUCGAUUGGAAACAUUCAAAUAAAAUGAACCAUAUCAAUAUAUUAAAAGAAAAUAUGAAUCAAACAGCAGGUGAUCAAAAUAUACCAACAACCUCACAAUUAUUGCAAGAAAAUAAUUUGAAUAAUAGUGCAACAUCAACACCACAAAAGAAACCUCUAGCCAAAAGUAAUAGCGAGUCAACAAUUGUAGAUAAUGAUUCAAGCCAAAGCGAUAUUGAUGAAGAAAUAGAUAUCUCAAAUAGAGGUGACGAUAUGGAUAACGACAACCAAGAUGAUAACAAACUAGAUGAAGAUGACGAAAAUGAUGAAGAUAUAAUUUUGAAAUUGGAAGAAUCAAACGGCAAAGAUACAUUCAAGAGUAUUCAAGGUCUUACUGUUGUAAACCAAGUUAGAUUAAAAUUAGAAGGUACCGAAAAGAAACUAUCAGUUCCUGAUCAAAUCGAUUUAAUCAUCAAAGAAGCAAUGAAUCCCGAAAAUUUAUCUCAAAACUAUGAAGGUUGGUGCGCAUGGUGUUAA